AUGGGUUCUGAGGAAGAGAGAAGCCCUGAAGACCCUUCCAAGGCCCUCCUGGAUAAGAGGCAGCAGGAGAAGGCUUCUCGGGACAGAAUUCGCAUAGAGAGGGCAGAGAUGAGGUGGCUGGAGGUAGAGCGGAGGAGAAGGGAGCAGGAAGAGUUGGCCCGGCUCCAUAAGGAGCAGCUGGAGAGAGCGGAGAAGAUGAAGGAGGAGCUGGAACUGGAGCAGCGGAUGCGCACCGAGGAGCUGCGCCUGAGGAAGCAGAGACUGGAGGAAGAACGACAGCGGCAGGAGGAAGUGGAGAGGAAGCGGAGACUCCAGCAGCAGGCGGCCCAGGAGAGAGCCCGGCAGCAGCAAGAGGAACUCCGGAGGAAACUUCAAGAACUGCAGAGAAAACGGCAACAAGAGGAGGUGGAGAGGGCUGAGGCAGAGAAGCAAAGGCAGAAGGAACUGGAAAUGCAGUUAGCAGAAGAACAGAAACGCCUGAUGGAAAUGGCAGAGGAAGAUCGGCUGGAGUACCAGCGGCAGAAAGAAGCAGAAGAGAAGGCCAGGAGGGAGGCUGAGGAAAGGAGGCAACAGGAAGAGGCGGCAGCAAGGAUGGCUCUGGAGGAAGCCAUGAAACUUGCCCAGGAACAAAGCAGGCAAAAAGCUGCUUUGGAAAAACAUCUUCAUUUUCAUCAAGAGCUCUUAAAGGAAGCCAGUGGUCUGCAGUGGACACAGAACAUUUCCAGACCAUGGGUCUACUCAUAUUUCCAGUUGCUACAAAUCUCCAAGCCAUAAGGCUAGAAGAAAACAAACAAACAAACAAAAAGUAAGUCAAGAUGUGGUGACAGAAAAAGCUAUACUUCUAUAAUAAAACUCCAGCCUGAGCUCAA